UUCUCUCUUUGUCGGUCUCGUAGCGAAGCCUCCCACUCCCCCCCCCCCCCCCCUCCCGCCUCGCUCUCUCUCUCUCUCUGCGUGUUGAAAUGACUGCUCAGACGCAAGAAGAACUCCUAGCCGCCCACCUCGAAGAACAGAAGAUCGAUCCCGACAAGCUUGUUGUUGAGGAUGAAGAUGAUGAGGACGAAGAAGACGAAGAUGAUGACAAAGAUGAAGAUGAUGUUGAAGGAGAAGGAGAUGCAGGUGGCAGGUCAAAGCAGAGCAGAAGUGAGAAAAAGAGUCGCAAGGCUAUGUUAAAGCUUGGAAUGAAGCCAGUUCCUGGUGUCAGCCGUGUUACAGUUAAAAAGAGCAAGAAUAUUCUAUUUGUGAUCUCAAAGCCAGAUGUUUUCAAGAGCCCCACUUCAGAUACAUAUGUUGUAAUUGGGGAGGCAAAAAUUGAGGAUUUGAGUUCACAACUGCAGAGUCAGGCUGCAGAGCAGUUCAGGACUCCUAAUCCCAGUAAUGUAGCACCAAAGCCCGAGUCAUCAGCCGUGGCUCAGGACGAUGAAGAUGUGGAUGACACUGGUGUUGAGCCCAAGGAUAUCGAACUGGUGAUGACACAAGCAGGAGUGUCAAGACCGAAGGCCGUGAAAGCUCUCAAAGCUGCAGAUGGUGACAUUGUCUCUGCCAUUAUGGAACUCACAAACUAGGAACGUUCUCGUAUGGUGUUUUUUAGACCAUAAGUAGCAGUAUUACCUUUUAAGCUAUUGUGAGACAUUUGCUGAGGAUUUGAAUUUGAAGUUUUCUUAACCCAUAAAAUUAUGGCAUCUACUGGUGCUGUUGUUGUGUACUAGAAUGUGAGUUACGUGAUUGAGACACGUUCCGCUAGUCAUGGUUUGAGAAAUGAUAAUGCAGCUAGUGUGCUAAAA